UGCGCGGCGGGUCAGUUGGUGGAAGUGCCUGGCACUCGCUGGCUCGCGCGCUGUCCGUCACUCCCGCUGACAGUCAGUCAGUGAGUCAGUCCGCGCGGCUCGGUGCGGACAGGUCGGGGGUGGUGGGAGGGGGGAAGGCAGGGUCAGGAUAUCCACAUGCGGCGGAAGGAGAAGCGGCUCCUGCAGGCGGUAGGGCUGGUGCUGGCCGCCCUGCUCUUCCUCCCCAAUGUGGGUCUAUGGUCUCUGUACCGGGAGCGGCAGCUGGAGAGCUCGGGGGGCAACAGCGGGGCCCUGGAGCCAGCACAGGUUGCACUGGUAAGACAGAAGAAUGAAUAUAUCAAUGACAAACCAUUUGGAAAGAAGGACUGGCAUGACUAUGAGCAGAUUAGAAAAGAUCAUGAAAAAACAGGAAAUGGUGAACAGGGCAAGCCUUUUCAAAUGACAGAUGCAGAUCGUGUAGACCAGGCAUACAGGGAAAAUGGAUUCAAUAUAUACGUCAGCGACAAAAUCUCUUUUAAUAGAUCCAUUCCAGAUAUCCGGCAUUCCAACUGCAAGAGCAAACUGUAUUCAGAGAAGCUGCCAAACACCAGUGUGAUUAUUCCUUUUCACAACGAGGGCUGGUCCUCACUUCUGCGGACAGUGCACAGUGUCCUUAACCGAUCUCCACCUGAGCUCAUUGCAGAGAUUGUGCUGGUGGAUGACUUCAGUGACAAAGAACAUUUGAAGAAACGUCUGGAAGAUUACAUGGUUAGAUUCCCCAAGGUAAGAAUUGUGCGAACUAAGAAGAGAGAAGGAUUGAUCCGCACACGUAUGUUGGGAGCCACAGUAGCCAUCGGAGAAGUAAUUACUUUCCUAGAUUCUCAUUGUGAGGCCAAUGUGAAUUGGCUUCCACCCCUUCUAGACAGAAUUGCUCAGAACCGUAAAACGAUUGUGUGUCCUAUGAUUGAUGUCAUUGAUCAUGACCACUUUGGCUAUGAAACACAAGCUGGUGAUGCAAUGCGAGGGGCUUUUGACUGGGAAAUGUUUUACAAACGUAUCCCCAUUCCUUCUGAGUUGCAGAAUCCAGAUCCAAGUGAGCCUUUUGAGUCUCCAGUUAUGGCCGGUGGUCUAUUCGCUGUAGAGAAAAAAUGGUUUUGGGAACUUGGAGGAUAUGAUCCUGGUUUGGAGAUUUGGGGAGGAGAGCAGUAUGAAAUUUCUUUCAAGGUAUGGAUGUGUGGAGGAAGAAUGGAGGAUGCCCCAUGUUCCAGAGUAGGUCAUAUCUACCGAAAAUAUGUACCUUACAAGGUCCCUGCUGGUGUCAGUCUAGCUAGGAACCUGAAGCGAGUCGCUGAAGUUUGGAUGGAUGAAUAUGCAGAAUUUAUUUACCAGCGCAGACCUGACUACAGGCACCUCUCACCUGGGGAUGUAGGAACCCAGAAAGAGCUACGAAGCAAACUAAGCUGCCAGAACUUCAAGUGGUUCAUGACAAAUGUAGCCUGGGACUUGCCGAAAUUCUAUCCUCCAGUAGAGCCACCAGCAGCUGCAUGGGGGGAGAUCCGUAACAAGAAGACAGGCCUAUGUGUAGAUUCAAAGCAUGCAACUAUACGCCUUGAGACUUGCACCAAAGGACGAAAUGUUGAUGCAUGGAGCAGUAAUCAGGUGUUCACCUUUGGCUGGCGGGAAGACAUCCGUCCUGGAGACCCUCAGCACACUAAGAAGCUUUGCUUUGAUGCGGUUUCCCACACUAGUCCUGUCACACUUUACGACUGUCACGGUAUGAAGGGUAACCAGCUCUGGAGAUACAGAAAGGACAAGACUAUUUUUCAUCCCACCAGCAACAGUUGCAUGGAUUGUAAUGAGUCAGAGCGCCGAAUCUUCAUGAAUAUUUGCAACCCUUCCUCGCCAACUCAACAAUGGACUUUUGAAAACAUCAAUUCCACAGUCUUAGACAUCUUCAACAAAACAUGAACUCAAAAGAAUCAGAGAAAUAUACACAUAUAAAUAGGAAUAUAUAUAUAUAUUUGAAAUCUAUAUUUUUUACAAUGGGUGGGUGGGCAAUGGCAAAAAAAGUUUAUUUUUCUGUUUUGUUUUUGUGUAGGAGAAAUGUGUAGGCUGGGAUUGUCUACAUUUUAAUGAUGCUGUGGCUAAACAUUACCUACCUUUAACGUGAAAGCAUUUAAGUUAAAUGCAAUUUCAUUUGAGACUUUUGUUUUGCUCACUAGUUACAUAGUAUUGGUGGUUGGUGAUCUUUAUUUAGUCUAAUGGUUAGGCCAAUGUUAUUCAUAUAAUAGGCAAGAGGCUACAGCCUCUGCAAAAACUUAUUGUGCCUUUUCACACAGGCUCUUGCACUUUACAGUCAUGCCAUACAUGUGCUUACUUUCUCUCAUCCGUUAUGUCAUGUGGUGGCAGAAUUGAGAUGCCAGUCAUGAAGUAAAGCCAAACUAUGCCAGUUAACACAUUGAAGGUGGAAGAUGGUAGAGCUGUUUGUGUAUAAUUUUCCAAAAUAUACCUAAAUGUAUUCUCUCUAAACUAGCAAAACCUAAAAUUAAAGUGCAGAAGUGAGUAAAAGAAGUCAGAAAAUGUUUUGUAUUCUGUUUUUACAAUAGAAUUGAUAUUCCUUAAUUUUAAUCUACAUACAGUCAUCCCAUUUGUACUUGCUCUGAACCACCUUUCUCACUGUAACUAAUGGUCCCUUUCCUAAAGGGUUUGAAAUGGUGCAUCAUUAAAUUAGCCAGCUUGCAAGCACAAGUUAUCAGCAAAUGAUUAAACUUGAACCAUUUUCUAGUGCCUUGCUGGACAAGGGGUAGAUGGGAGAUGGUUAAGCACUGUUUUGGAAAGUCAAGGCUGCGUGCAAUUGUUUUGUAAAUAUAAUUAAUGAUUUUUGGCCUUAACACAUUUAUAUACCCAAAUGCUGUUUGUGUUUGUCAAUCAAAUAAUCAAGCUAACUUCAUUGCAGGGUGUUGUAUGUAUCGAUAUAAUUGGCUCUGUUGUGAAUCAUUUAGAGGUUUAUGCAUCAGGCUCGGUGUGCAACAGGUCUAUCAAUAAUUUCAUGAAUUCUGCUAAAAGAAUGUAAAAAAUAAUCACUUCUGGUGCUGCUAUUUUCAUCAACCCUGAAGCUGUUUAGAAUCACAGUCUUUUCUAUAUAUUCUGUUGUCAGUUUGAUGAGUGAAUUGAAUCUUUUCUGUUUCGGUGCAGCUCUAUUCAUCUAGCAACUCUGAG